CUUUAAAAUUUUAUUCUAUAUAGACCUUAGGGCUCGAUGUCUUAGAUCUACAAGUUUUUCUCCUCCUCCUCUCUCUCUCUCUCUCUCUCUCUCUCUCUCUCUGUGCGAUAUACAUAUGGCAGCCACCGGUUCGCUUCUCUCAGCCAUGACAAGAAGGCUAGAGGGAAAAGUGGCGCUGAUUACCGGCGGAGCGAGCGGCAUCGGCGAGUGCACCGCCAAACUCUUAGCCCAACACGGUGCCAAGGUCGUCGUGGCCGACAUACAGGACGAAUUGGGCCACUCAGUAACCGACGCCAUAGGCUCCUCCAAUUCCACCUACGUCCACUGCAACGUCACAGACGAGGAGCACGUCCAAAACGCCGUCGACAAAGCAGUCCAAACCUACGGCAAACUCGACAUAAUGUUCAACAACGCGGGCAUCGUCGACGCCAGCAAAGCCCGGAUCAUCGACAACCACAAAGCCGACUUCGAGCGCGUCCUCGCCGUGAACGUGACCGGAGUCUUCCUGGGCAUGAAACAUGCCGCCCGAGUCAUGGUUCCGGCCAGGAGGGGCAGCAUAAUUUCGACCGCCAGCAUCAGCUCGAACCUCGGCGGCGCGGCGUCGCACGCCUAUUGCUGCGCAAAGCACGCCGUGGUGGGGCUGACGAGGAACCUGGCAGUGGAGCUCGGGCAGUUCGGGAUUCGGGUGAAUUGCAUGUCGCCGUACGCGAUGGCGACGCCGCUGGCGACGAGGUUCGUGGGACUGCCGGAUGAAGAGCUGGAGAUGGCGAUGAACAAUUUGGCGAAUCUUAAGGGGGUGACGCUGAAGACAGAGGACGUGGCCAAUGCCGCCCUGUUUCUGGCCAGCGAUGAAGCAAAGUAUAUUAGUGGACAUAAUCUCUUCAUUGAUGGUGGAUUUAGCGUUCAUAAUUCUGCUUUCCAGUUGUUUAAGUAUCCUCCUGAGGCUUGAUCUUCUUAUCCAAUUCAACUUCAUGGAAGAGGAUCCCACCGAAGGAAAUGUUGAUGCUACAAUUUACUCUUUUUUCUUUCUUUGAUUAUUUAUGAAAAUUUACUGUCACUAUUUUUUU